UGGGGAAGGAGGACAUGACGCAGGCAACAAGGUAGCAACCUGGCUCUGAAGUGGAAUUAUGUGCUUCCAGCAAGUGGAAAGAGGGCAACAAAGAGCUUUUACCUGGUUUCAGGAAUGAAUCAGGUCACAAUUCAAUGGGAUGUGAUAAUAGCUCUUUACAUAUUCUUCAAUUGGUGUCAUGGAGGAAUUACAAAUAUAAACUGCUCUGGCCACAUCUGGGUAGAACCAGCCACAAUUUUUAAGAUGGGUAUGAAUAUCUCUAUAUACUGUCAAGCAGCAAUUAAGAACUGCCAACCAAGGAAACUUUAUUUUUAUAAAAAUGGCAUCAAAGAAAGAUUUCAAGUCACAAGAAUUAACAAAACAACAGCUCGGCUUUGGUAUAACAACUUUUUGGAGCCACAUGCUUCUAUGUACUGCACUGCUGAAUGUCCUAGAUAUUUUCAAGAGACACUGAUAUGUGGAAAAGACAUUUCUGCUGGAUAUCCACCAGAUGUUCCUGACGAGGUAACCUGUGUCAUUUAUGAAUAUUCAGGCAACAUGACUUGUACCUGGAACUCCGGGAAGCCCACCUACAUAGACACAAAGUAUGUGGUGUACGUGAAGAGUUUAGAGACAGAAGAAGAGCAACAAUAUCUUUCUUCAAGUUAUAUUAACAUCUCCACUGAUUCAUUGCAAAGUGGCAAGAAAUAUUUGGUUUGGGUCCAAGCGGCAAAUGCAUUGGGCAUGGAGAAGUCAAAACAACUGCAAAUUAAUCUGGAUGAUAUAGUGAUACCUUCUGCAUCCAUCAUUUCCAGGGCUGAGUUUAUAAAUACUACAAUGCCCAAGACCAUAAUUCACUGGCAUAGUCAAACAGCAAUUAAAAAUGUUUCCUGUGAAAUGAGAUACAAGGCUACAACAAACCAAACAUGGAAGGUUAAAAAAUUUGAUACCAAUUUUACAUAUGAGCAACAGUCAGAAUUCUACUUGGAGUCAAACACUAAUUAUAUAUUUCAAGUGAGAUGCCAAGAAACAGGUAAAAAAUACUGGCAGCCCUGGAGUUCACCUUUUUCUCAUAAAACACCUGAAACAGUUCCCCAGGUCACACGGAAAUCAUUCCAACAUGAUAUUCAGAAUUCUGAGCAUCUAAUUGCUUCCAUCUUUAAAGGACAUCUUACUUCUGACAACAGGCAACAAGACAUUAGACUUUUAUCAGGAAUGGUCUUCUUUGCUGUUAUGUUGUCAAUUCUUUCUUUGAUUGGGAUAUUUAACAGAUCACUGCGAACUAGAAUUAAAAGAAGAAUCUUAUUGCUAAUACCAAAGUGGCUUCAUGAAGAUAUUCCUAAUGUGGAAAACAGUAAUGUUAUAAAAAUGCUACAGGAAAAAAGUGAAUUUAUGAAUAAUAAUUCUAGCGAGCAGGUCCUUUAUGUUGAUCCGGUGAUUACAGAAAUAGAAAUCUUUCUUCCAGAAGAACACAAGCCCAUGGACUACAAGACAGAAGAGAAUACAGGAUCCCUGGAGACAAGAGACCGCCAGCAGAAGUCACUACUCACCAACACUACAGUUGUGUAUAUUCCUGGUCUCAGCACUGGGUAUAAACCCCAGAUUUCAAAUUUUCUCACUGGGGGAAACCAUCUCAGCAAAAAUGAUGACACAUCUUCCUCAACUCUCAAACCACAGGCUGAUUCCUUAGACCCAGGGGAAAAUGCCAGGUUUAAAAAAUACCCGAAUUUUGCUUUUUCUGUCUCAAGUAUGAAUUCGCUAAGCAACACACUAUUUCUUGAAGAAUUAAGCCUCAUUUUAAAUCAAGGAGAACGCAGUCCUCUGGACAUGCAAAACUCAGUUGAAGGAGAAACUACCAUGCUUUUGGAAGAUGCUUCAUCCAACGAAACUAUUCCAGAACAGACCCUGUUGCCCGAUGAAUUUGUUUCCUGUUUGGGAGCCAUGAAUGAGGAGUUGCCAUCUAUUAAUUCUUAUUUUCCCCAAAAUAUUUUGGAAAACCACUUCAAUACGAUUUCACUCUUGGAAAAGUAGAGCUGCAUAGUCAAAGUUAAUACGGGAAAGCUGCCUUGCAAUCUGUAGUUGGAUCUCCUUCAGCAAUGAGUUUAAUUCUGCCCUAUUUUUUAAAGUUAGAGAGUUAAGAUCCAAAGGUGGAACAUACAUCAUAGUCACAAAGGAAGCACCAAUAUUAGGUACACCUUCUGAAUUUUUUAAAAAGUAUUAACAGUUAUAUAUUUUUUAUUUCCCCUCAUUGCAAGGCACAGAACAGAUCUCUCUGUUGUACGAAGAAUAAAUAAUACAAGAUAUGUGGUGGUGAAAUAAACGUUGAAGAUAGUUCUUAAAAAUUGAAAUAUUAGUGUUUGUAAGGGGAGAAGCAAGUUGAAUUUUCAUUUUAUGACUUAAAAUUCUCUUGAAUAGAUAAAAAUAUAUCUCCAACAACAAAAUAAGGAUAGAAAGAGAGGAGCAUUAAUUAGCAUGUUUGUUGUAUUAUUUUUUUCUACUACUACUUUCUGUUCAGGUAUCAGGGAUUUGAUUUUUCUUUAUUUUGAUUUUGGACUAAAAGAUUUGUAAAACAAUGAUGUGAGGACAUGAUGAAACUGCUGUCUUCAUUCAAGUCAAGCAUGAUGGCAUUGUUGUCCUGUGCUGUAGCUGACGUAUUAAUUUCACUAUGGCAGAACUGAAGUAGCAGAUGCAAUAUCAGCGAGGUGUAAUUAUUCCUUUUGUAAUCAACUGUGUAUUAGAUAUUGCCAUAGAUUUGGACAAAUAUUUGUUUUAACAGUAAUUUUCUGACAUAUACUUGCCACACCUACCAUCGCCCCAUAUCCCCUGUCUCCUGCAGACAUCACUAACUGAUCAUGACAUGCCUCUGCUAACCCUUAAGGUGACCUCAGAAUCCUCUCAAUAUGGUGCUCCUGACGGCUACACUCACUAAGGUCUAGGACUGGAAGUGAACUUUAUCUCCCACCCAGGUCAAUACUGAGGGAUACAUGAUCUUAAAAUAUGAAAUGCAUAUUUUCGGCUAAAAGAUGGUACUCAGCAGACUUCUCCAUUUUUUUUUUAGACAGAGUGUGAGCAGGGUGGAGAGGGGCAGAGAGAGAGAGACAAUCCCAAGCAGGCUCCACACUCAGUGAGGAGUCCAAUGUGGGGCUCGAUCUCAAGACCCUGAGAUCAUGACCUGAGCCAAAGUCAGGAGUCGGUCACUUAACGGAUUGAGCCACCCAGGCAUCCCACAAACUUCUCUAUUCUGAUUUAUUUUUAUGGUCCAGGGCAAAAUUUUCUAAUGACCAGAAUAAUUUGAAAAUAAGGUAGAUUAUCCACUGAAUUUCUCUUUUUCUUCUAAAUAGUUGUCAACAAUAAUAAUUUAUGUUCAGAUUAAAGAGUUUAAUUUUAUUAUAACAAAUCAAUCAGUUAAUCAAAAAAGGACCAGUUGCCUACUGUGUGUUUAGUACACGAACAAGCUAUUUUGUUUGUUUUGGCUUUUUUCAAAAUUUAAAAAAAAACAAAAAACUAAAAGUAGUUUUGUUGUCAUUAUGUGUCCCCAUGAGGAAGAUGAUCAUACUCCCUGGUUUAUGCUGGUUUAUGGUCUGUUGCCCCAUUGUUAAUUAUGACCAGUGUACCCUUUCACUCUUAGAAGCAUCCCAUUUGGAUGAUAAGUUAUAUGGUCGCUCUAUCUAUGAAGACUUUAAUGUCCAGCAUAUAAGCAAUUUGUUAUAAUUCACUUUUUUUUUUGCAUUGACAAUCUUUAUUUUACUUUAUAUCAUAUACUAAAGCCAUUUGCUCCAAAAUGGAACAUUACUAUUCACAGUGUAAAAAACCUAUCCCUUGCUAUGAAUUUCUAUUCUAUUUACCUUAAAAUAUGUGUAUAUUGUUGUACUUUACAUAUUUUAAAAGGAGUAUAUUUUAAAUUACUAAUGAAAUACUAAUAUUAAACAUCUUGACUUGUAAAUGAUAAUAUGCCUUUCCUUUAUUCUUCUUUGAAGGGAGAAUAUAAUGAAGCAAAAGGUAGGUAGUACUUGGGAUAGAAAUAGCCAACUGAGACAAAUCUUUGAUGUUUACCAACCUGAAGAAGACAUCUGUUAACAUACGAAGAAUAUUUUCAUAGUGUAUUUCAGUAUAAUUGUAAUCUGCCACACACCAAAAAACGCUUUGUCAAGCUUAAGGGACUGCAGCAUUAUUUUGAUCUACACGUGCUUGCAUUGCAGUGAGCACCUCCUUUAGAACUUCUUCCUGUCCCCUGGAGUGAGAAGGAGGCUCCUUUCUGUUCUUAUGGUAUCUUUUCCAUACCCACAUCACUGUUCAGCACAGAGAAGAUACUUCUAGGUCCAUCUUUGCCAUCAGCCCUUGUUGGUCCCAAUGGAUUAAAAACUGAGGCUAUACUUAUAAUAGAGGAAAUGUGGCUGCCAUUGCUCCAACUCAUGGAAAGUUUCAAUUGUUUCAUCACAAUGCAACCUUGUCAGUGAAAAAUGGUUUUCUUUCCAUGAUUCUUUUUUCAACAACUAUCCACUGAAGUGGAUACCAUUGAAAGAGAAGAAGGGAGAGAACUACAAAGAAAGAAAAGCAGACUAAUCCUUGGUAAUGCUAAAGCAAAAUGGAACCCCAGUUCCAGACAAUACUAAAGCUGAUAAGGGACAUCCAAUUUCCUCCUGUUGUAGCAUCUUCCUCACAUUCUACCUCCCUUUUCUUAUAUAGAAGGAAUAGGGGGAGGUACAAGUGAAGUAUAGUUUAGGGUUGUUUUCUUGGUUUACGUGUGUGUGUUUUAUCAUUUUUUAAAUUAGGAAUGUGUUUUUACCAGAAUUAGAUAUACAGUUGAUAAUAUAAAAAGGCUUAUGAGUUUUAGCAUGUGGUUCUUAUGUAAUGUGGGUUGCUGUUUGCCCUCCUGGUUCAACUAAAGGGUUUUCCCAGCCUUUUUUCUUUUCUUAUUUUUCCAAUCAUCCUCCCUAUGACAUAGAGACAGCUCGUGACCAUGGCAUAGAGCAGAGGUUUUCAAAAAUAAAUUUUAGCAACUGAUACCCUUUCUCCAAAUGAAAUCUGCUGCAGAAGCCCAAACUGUAAAAUAGGCGAAAGCAAAUCCGCUGAAACAGAUGUUGAAGGUCAUGCCGGUCCCCAGCAACCUUCUUCUGCGUCACCCUGUGCAUGCAGGAUGAAAAUCCCAGGCUGGGGAUUCUCCCUUCCAAACCUGGGUGACAUGGGUCCUGGCCUUCCUUAAAAAGCCUGUAUCUUGGGGCGCCUGGGUGGCAUAGCGGUUAAGCGUCUGCCUUCGGC